CAACAAGACGCCCUGCCGCAGCAGCCACAGACUUGACUGUCCUGGGCUAAUUUCCUGCGAGAGGCCAAAUGUCUGAAGAAAAACCCCAAGAGUGCACCAAGCCGGGGGAGCCCAAGGCUAAGCCCGCCCCAGAGAAGACGAGCGACUACUACCGCAUUAGCGAGAAGCUCCCAGUCAGGUUCAACAACCCAGCGUGGUUUCAUGGCUACAGGACCAACGAAGCUGUUUCCAUGUACAGGACCAGUAACCAAACCUAUGGGAGCAGAGCUCCCACAGUUCAUGAGAUGCCGAAAGUAUUUUAUCCAUCUUCAAAUAAGUUUUCCAGACAGCACGCAGCUUUUGGAAUGUUCCGGAGUCAUAAUAUUAAUGUCAGUCUGGACAAGAGCAUAGUGACCGGGCCCGACAAUCAUGUCACCCACUAUGAUCGCUUUAACUUUCACCCCAGUUACAAUGUUAACAGGCCAUCCUUCUGUGACUAAGGGAGCUGGAUGCCUGUCCUCCGGCUCUCCUGACUCAGGGCGGCUUUAGGGAGCACGGACGCCCCUAAUCCUCGACAAGAGCCCUAUUCUAAAGGUUUGGGUCUCACUGCCUUCUCAGAAAACAGUUUUCCUUUCCGGAGAGAAAAAUAUGCAAAUAGGGCCGGCCGUAAUGUCUUGUAUUCUGCAUUCCACACAGGAAAUAUGCUGAUGGCAUCUUUGUUUUAUUAAAAAGUUGCCACAGCCUCAAUGUCUGCCAUGCCUCAUAUUUGUUCUGAAGCAGUAGGGAACUGCACAUCUUGGAACCUGAAUCUUGGUCUGAAAUGGGGUGUGCCAGGGAGUGCCACAAAGUAUCUUUAUUUGGGAGCUGUUGUCAUGUGUGACCAUACUAGGCUAAA